AAGUUGGAGAAGACUAAGUAUAUCUGAAUACAUUUUUAGACAAGACAAUUGCUUCUGGCUCAGAUACCAUUUUCUCCUGUUCUAUCUACCUGAAAAUGUCCAAAGAUCCAAGGAGCCUCCCCUGUAAGCACAGCAGCUGUAAAAACUGUCAGAAGACAUGGAAAGUGGACAAACUUUGUCCAGCUUGCCUGAAGUCCUCCUCGAACAACCCGCUUCUGAAUCAGGAUGACGAAAUCCUUAGCUACAGUUUAGAGGACAGCGAUGAUCAUCUAUGUCCACUGCACCUGCAGAAGCUAGAGUUCUUUUGUCUGGAUCAUGAGCAGCCUGUGUGUUAUGUAUGCAAAGACACACGAGCACACAGGUUCCACAGAUUCAGUUCAAUGCACACAGCACUGCCAGAUCUGAGGGGCAAGAUGCAAAGGGCUCUGGACAUCCUCAGGGACAGACUCAAGAGUCUGAAUAAAUGCCAAGACCAGUGCAUCACAGCAGCGGCUCAUAUCAGAGCACAGGCCCAGCUCACAGAGAUGCAGAUCCAGGCUCAGUUCAGGAGACUCCAUAAGUUUUUACAAGACGAAGAAGCAACCCGAAUCCAGGCACUGAGGGAGGAAGAGUUGAAGAAGACUCAAGACAUGACAGACAAGAUGAUGGCCAUAAUGAAUGAUAUCACAUCCCUGACCGAGACCAUCAGAGCAUCAGAGCAACAGCUCAAAACCAAUGAUUCCUUGUUUCCUCUUGGGUACAAGGAUGUGAUAGACAAAGCAUAUCGCAGUCUCCUGAUAAAUGUUCCAAAUCUGGGGGCUAAAGUGUUGCUGGAUCAGGCCAAACAUGUAGGCAACAUGGCAUUUCACAUCUGGAGCAAAAUGAAGCAUGUGGUUCAGUUUAGUCCUGUCAUCCUAGAUCCAAACACAGCACACCCUCAGCUCAUGAUCUCUGAGGACCUCUGCAGCGUGGGGCAAACCAGGAAACUCAAUCUACCCCAGAAUCCAGAAAGGUUCACCUGUUAUACCCGUGUCCAGGCAUGGGAGGGGUGGAGCCAAGGGUCCCAUAGCUGGAUAGUGGAGGUGCCUGAUGACUCCUACUGGGUGAUAGGGGUGGCUAGUGAAUCGGUUCUGGGAAAAGGCACAAUUCUAAAAGGAUUCUGGGAAAUUGUUGUGAUGAAUGGAAAAUACAAAGCCUAUGCUGGGCUCGGAAGCUGCAAUGAACUGAAUGUAAAGAAGAAGGUGGAGAAAGUGAGAGUUAAGCUGAACUUUGACACAGGGAGACUGUCCUUUUAUUAUGCAGGAACAAGGAAACUCAUACACAGGUUUACGUACAACUUCAACGAAAAGUUGUUUCCAUAUUUUGAGACUCACAGUAAUGUCAAACUGAAUAUUCUACCAGUAUCUACAAUUGAUCUGAAGAUUACCAGACAAUGA